AUGUAUACAUUGUUGAGCGGAUUUUACAAGUACCUUACACAGAAAGACGAAUACUGCAUAUUGAUUCUCGGGCUGGACAAUGCUGGCAAGACGACCUACUUGGAAGCGGCGAAGACGAAGUUUAGUAAAAACUACAGGGGAAUGAACCCGAGUAAAAUUACAACCACUGUCGGAUUAAACAUCGGCCAGAUCGAUAUUGCUGGUAUACGGUUGAGCUUCUGGGAUCUGGGUGGGCAGCAAGAACUGCAAUCACUGUGGGACAAAUACUACUCGGAAUCACACGCUGUCAUCUACGUGGUAGAUUCAAAUGAUCGUGUUCGUAUGAAUGAAUCGAAGGAAGUGUUCGAUCGGAUGAUUAGCAAUGAGUAUUUAUCCGGAAUUCCCUUGCUAGUGCUGGCCAACAAACAAGAUCUGCCCGAUUGUAUGGGCGUGCGGGAAAUAAAACCCGUCUUCCAGGAGGCUGGGCAUCUAAUUGGACGUCGAGAUUGUUUGGUGAUGCCCGUAUCAGCGCUGACGGGGGAAGGUGUCGAUGAAGGCAUCAAAUGGUUGGUGGAAUCUAUCAAGCGGAACUCAAUCGUUCGUCCUCCGAAGACCGAAGACACUUGA